GUCAAGGGUUAGACGGGUUGACCCGCGGGUUAGAAAUGCAUCAACCCGACCCGUUGACCUGUCCUCAACCCGCGGGUCAGAUUGCGACCCCUACAUAUUUUCAGCUACAAAGCCAAGUACAAUUAGAUCUAAGACCGUUAUACAAGCCCCGAGUUUUCAUGUGGGUUCCUCAUUUGCUCGAGACUGUACUAUGUCCAAGCUGCAAGAAAAAGCUGGACACCCAUGGAUGGCCAACAUCGUCUGCUGCCCAUAGAGUCAUCGAUAUCACGGACAACUUUUAAAUAAUGUCCUACUGUUAUAAAUACAACAAUGGAUGCAAUACAACAUAUAUGGGGCAUGACGAAGAGGUCGUUGCUAUGUUACCACCCGAGCUAUCGAAGAAUUCCCUACUUAUUUUUUGCAUCGCAGCGGCGUGUCAUUUCAAGUGAUGCGACUAAUGUACAGUACCUUCGCUUCUGGAAUAGGGCCCAAGCCAUUCAUGCGUAUGCUUUACGAGCUCCAUAAUCUUCGACACGACGGUCUGGAGCAUCAAUUCGUCAAAAAGCGUGAGCACAUUCAAGACCAACAGAGGGAACUCGAACUUAAACACAAGCAAAGAAUGCUGAAUAGUAUGGUGAAACGAAUUAAGAUUGCAAAAUUUUCAUCAUUCGAGGAUACUACUACUGGAUACUGUGGCUUCGUACCAAGUGCCAAGUACUUCACAGAACUUUUCAAUGGCUUUGUGGAAAAGUAUGUACAGAUCACAAUCAGUACACAAGCUCCUUAUCAGCAGACGUCGUGCAUGUUGAUCACAGCUAUAAAGUAAAUUGUUGAUAUAGUAUGCUUAAAUUUGAUUGAGCUGUUAAACUUCCAAUCCUUAGGUCCCUG